CUCUAUUAUACUCCUUUCAUCAGAUACUAGAUAUUUUGUUUCUAAGUCGAAUAGUUCUAGCAGUAUUACGAAAAAAUAUAAAAAACUGUUCAGCCUUGAAUUUUUGUCAAGCAAUGAUCAUACAGAAAAACAGAAAGAUAAAUCUUCCGAACAUGAAGUUGAACUUGACCGAGAAACAGUCGAUAUUCCGAUAAAUAAUCCAUAUGAUAGUCGCUAUGACUUGUGUGAAUCAAUUCCAGGCCUUUACCGUUUAUUAGACUUAUGCAAAGAUAAAGGGUCGAACGGUCUUG